AUGCUUUCGAUGUAGCGAUUAUAUAGCAUACAUAAGGAAAUAGUUUUCUAUAUAUUUCAUAGAAUGAAUGCAUUUUCACUUAUUAGGAACUGGUUUACAGUACUUUAUUUAUUGUGCCUAAAGCAGUUACUGGGUGAGUAAGUUGUUGCUGCAUUAACAAUAAGGAUCAAGCAUUAAGCUCUGCGUUCACAAGUAUCUUAAAUUUACAUAUGGACAUAUUGGGUUAAAUUACUUCUCAAACAAAUACAUUCAACGCAUAACAUAUCAUAAAAUAUAAGCUUUUUAAGAGCCAUCAAGUUGGAAUAGCAGCAAUAUAUGUUCAAGCCUUUCAUGUACCAUGUAAGGAAAGAGGGAACAAUUUCCCAAAGUACGUUAGCAGCAUUUAUGAUGAAUUCCAUAUGCAACUCAAAUGCGAAUAAGUACAAUGUAAAGAAAUUUCUUACGGCACAUGAAAGAUAACAGAAAUACUCAGCAUAACAUGAGGUUUCUUAAAAAGGAUCAAAGUUAAAAUUUGGCAGAAUCAGAGUAUUGGGAAGUUAUCCUAGAAAUUUGGAGGGACUAUAUUGA